AUGCCAUCAAAUCACCCCUUCCUCUCCUCCUUCCUCUCCGCCUUCCGCGCCCACUCCGCCCUCCAACAAGCAAAACCCUCCCCUCAAGUCUCUCCUCCCCCCUCCUCCCAACCAUCGCACUCCUCCCCGCACUCGUCCCCAAUCUCCGUCUCCCACUCCUCCCCACGCACUAUCACAACCGCUUCCAAACCCGGCACCACCAACACCACAACCGCGCUCUCCUCCCUGCACUCUCCCCGAGCCGCCUCCUCCCCACUCGCUACCUCUCCCGGUUCAGACCCGGCCUCUCCCCCGCCAAACAGAAGAUAUAUCCAAGACCGAGGAAGACGCAGUUCUGAUUCCUCUAGCGAGGGCUUUCGAGACGUGCUAGGGAAGGAGAAAUGGUAUAUCGGGGGCCGGACCGCCGGCGGCGAAGAACGAUAUUUUAAGCUGGGGACCGUGAGAAGACAGCGGAGUUGGGCGGAAAGAAGUCUGGAUCGUUUGAGUUUGUGA